GUCUUUUCCUUUUAGUGUCUUUUAGGCAAUGAUUCACCCAUUCAUUUAUUCACUUAAGAAAUAUUUAUUGACCAUCUACUCUGUGCCAUCUGCUAUUCUAGUAUUUUAGGUACUAAGGAAACAUUGAAGAAAAUGAAAAAAAAAAUCCCCCAUAUUGUGGAGCUUACAUUCUAGUGGAGGGAAGGCAAUAGAAAAUAAAAAUAGAAAAUGACGAUGUUAGAAGGUAAGUACUAUGAAAAAAACAAGCAAGGGAGGGAGGAUUCUGGGGAAGGUGCAAUAUUUUAAAUGAGAUGAUUAGGGUCGACUUCUUUGAAAAAAGAUGACUUUUAAGCAAAGAUUGGACAGAAGUGGAAGAUCUAGCCAUGCAGGUAUUUGGUGGAAAGAUCUUUCCAGAUAGAAACUAUGCACAGUGCAAGGGCCUCAGGGCAAGAAGAUGCUUUGGUGUUACAGAAGCAGGGAGCAGGUCUGUGUAGCUGGAACAAAGUGCUUAGCAGAAAUGAGGUCAGAGGGGUGGAGGUGAGGUAGGACUUGGGAGGCCAGCUAGCAUAGGAUUUUUAGGUUGCAUAAAAGACUCUGGCUGAGAAAAUCAGGAAGCCAUUGGAAGAGUGACUACUUUUGGUUUCCUCUUAAGUCUGUAGACAAACUUCUGAAUGUUAAAGGCAUAUUCAUGUCGUAUCAUAGAUUGGUUCAAACCUCAAGUGUCAACACUUAAUGCCUUGCUUCUAGAAAAGAUAAAAAGAUGUAGUGAAUAAAACUGAAUACUCAAGCCAGACAACUACAUUGCUGUUUCAAUUCACUAGCUGGUAUCUUAAAUAUUAAUGAGCCUCCUUCUCUGUUUUCUUAUUUACAGGUUGGAACACUAUCUUUUUCCAGGUUCCUUGUUGUCUCUAGUAUCACUUGGUAUCCUUUGAUACCUCAGUCCAGGUAGGAUUUCCAUGCUCAUUUUCUAUUUGUGGCUUAAUCUGUCAAUACCAGUAACACAUUUUAUUGUAUUGCAGAGGUCAGAAUUUUGCUGGCCCAGCAAUGUGGAAAUGAUGUACAAAAUGCAGAUUAAAACAACAAGAAAAACUACUUUGCUUCAAUUAGUUGAAUUGAGCAAAAUCAGUUUUUCUUGAAUUUUUUGCAUGACUGCUUAUAUGAACCGUUUUGUUUCCUUGACACAAUAGAGACAAUACCAGGUUUGCAAUGCCCUUGUUUUGAGAAUAUAAGAGUAAUAUAUUAAGUAAAUUUCAUUUAGCACAACAGUACUAUUGUUAAAUGGAGGGAAAAGAUUCUGGUAAAAGGGAAGAAACUCCUGGCUUUAGUUUUCUAAAAUGCUUUUGUACCUCUUGUAAGAAUGAUAUGGAGGUGUUUUUAAUGUCAAGUCUGAAAAUUUGCUUUUCAAUUUACUUGGAAACUGGUUUCUAAUACAAAACAGGGUAGUACACUUUCCCAGCAUGUUCAGGUAAACUACUUUCAUCACAAUUCAGGUAGAAGUGACUGCCUUUAAUUCCGUACAUCGCAAACCAUCUAGUGGUAGAUCUAGAAUGGCGUCAGUUUCAGGGACUUCUAUGCACAUUGAUUUCCAGAGUUCAAUUCCAUUUAAGUUGGGACUAUUUACAAUGACAUUUGCUGAAAUUUGCUCACCUUGAUAUACAAGCAUAUUGUAUUAAGCAGCUAGUAAACCUGUGGAGACAGCAGGUAAAAGGUAAAGCCUGUUUUACAUUUUUUUAGAGGUGUCUUACUUGUAGCAUAACUAAACCUUCAUUGUUAGGCAGGUGCUGGCCAAUCACAUCAGCAACAGCCCUAACUCCGCUAGGAUCGGGGUAAAGCCGAUAAGCCGCAUCAUAUCUAUAACCUGUCUCGGACCCCUGUAAAGAACUCACUGAGGAUUGGUAGGGACAAAGGGAAGUUUCUGUCAAAGUUUAGGAGAAAAGGGCCGCGCAGGGAGCUGUUUCAAAUAACACUUAAAUCCCAGGAGAAGAAAGCCGAACCCCAACUCUUCGGUCGCCGCGGGGCCAGAAAGACGCGAGAGGGAAGCUUUUCUACAGGAAAUCUGCCGCCUUGUCCCCAAGACUAGCGAGGUCCGCAGCGCCAUCAGUCAAGUGUCGGCCUCUGGCAUUUUCUCCCCUCCCCAGGGCCGGCCAAAGCUAGUGGGCGGCUGAGGAUGCGCCAGCCCCAAGGGAGCGGACGUCUGUUCCCAGGAGGCUCGGGCGCUGGGGCCCCUCUGCACUCCCAGCGGUCCCAAGUUGGCCCAUGCGCCCGGUCCCGGGGUCCUCCAAGCCAGCGCCAAGCCCACUGCCGAGAGCCUGCCUCCGCUUCUCCGCGCGCCGGCGCUAUGGAGACGGUCACGAGACGCCGGCAGCCCCUGCGCCCGCCAAUGGGAACGCACGUUGCAGCAAGACGCGGACGUCGCUCUUCCAAGAUGGCGGCGCGUCCGUCGCGAGCGACCGGGCCCGGGGGAAGCCAGCGAAGCCGAGUAAAGCCGCCGCCCGGGAGAAGACUGAAGGAGCAGUUGUCGCCGUUGGCGGCUGCCCGAGCAGUUUUCGCUGCUGCUACGGCUGUUGCCAUGAGGCGAGGCUAGGGAGGACCUCACUUCCCCGGGGUGUAAUAAUGUUAACUGAGGCCAGUCUAUCCAUAUGGGGAUGGGGAAGCCUUGGCAUUGUCCUUUUUCUGAUAACCUUUGGACCCUUUGUAAUAUUUUAUUUGACAUUUUAUAUCCUCUGCUUUGUGGGUGGGGGUUUAGUGGUUACUCUCCUGUUUGGAAAAACAAACUCAGAGAAGUACCUAGAACAGUGUGAACACUCAUUUCUUCCUCCAACAUCAACUGGGGUUCCUAAGUGCUUAGAAGAAAUGAAACGGGAAGCCAGGACUAUUAAGAUUGAUAGAAGGUUGACGGGUGCCAAUAUAAUUGAUGAACCUCUCCAGCAAGUUAUCCAGUUUUCCUUGAGGGAUUAUGUCCAGUAUUGGUAUUAUACACUAAGUGAUGAUGAAUCUUUUCUUCUUGAAAUUAGGCAGACUCUUCAAAAUGCACUCAUUCAGUUUGCUACUAGGUCAAAAGAAAUAGACUGGCAACCUUAUUUUACUACACGCAUUGUAGAUGAUUUUGGCACACACUUACGAGUAUUCAGAAAGGCUCAACAGAAAAUAACAGAGAAAGAUGAUCAAGUAAAAGGUACAGCAGAAGAUCUUGUAGAUACCUUCUUUGAAGUUGAAGUUGAAAUGGAGAAGGAGGUUUGCCGUGAUCUAGUGUGCACUUCCCCCAAAGAUGAAGAAGGAUUCCUAAGGGAUUUGUGUGAGGUCUUAUUAUAUUUAUUGCUACCUCCUGGAGAUUUCCAGAACAAGAUCAUGCGAUACUUUGUCAGGGAAAUCCUUGCACGAGGAAUUCUUCUUCCAUUAAUAAAUCAACUCAGUGAUCCUGAUUAUAUUAAUCAGUAUGUCAUAUGGAUGAUCCGUGAUUCUAACUGCAACUAUGAGGCCUUUAUGAAUAUUAUUAAAUUGAGUGACAAUAUUGGAGAACUAGAAGCAGUCAGAGAUAAGGCAGCAGAAGAAUUACAGUAUCUUAGAUCUCUAGAUACAGCAGGUGAUGAUAUCAACACUAUCAAAAAUCAAAUAAAUAGCUUACUAUUCGUAAAGAAGGUAUGUGACUCAAGAAUACAGCGAUUGCAGUCAGGCAAAGAAAUAAAUACUGUGAAACUUGCAGCAAACUUUGGGAAACUUUGCACAGUCCCCCUGGACAGCAUUCUUGUAGACAAUGUUGCACUACAAUUUUUUAUGGAUUACAUGCAGCAAACUGGAGGUCAAGCACAUCUAUUCUUUUGGAUGACAGUGGAAGGAUACCGGGUUACUGCCCAACAGCAGCUAGAAGUUUUAUUAAGUCGUCAGAGAGAUGGAAAACAUCAAACCAACCAAACCAAAGGUCUUUUAAGAGCAGCUGCUGUUGGAAUUUAUGAACAGUAUUUAUCUGAAAAGGCAUCUCCAAGAGUUACUGUUGAUGACUAUUUAGUAGCAAAAUUAGCAGAUACUUUGAAUCAUGAAGAUCCAACCCCUGAAAUCUUUGAUGACAUUCAAAGGAAGGUAUAUGAAUUGAUGCUACGAGAUGAAAGAUUUUAUCCUUCCUUCAGACAGAAUGCACUUUAUGUGCGCAUGUUAGCUGAGCUUGACAUGUUAAAAGAUCCCAGUUUCAGAGGAUCCGAUGAUGGGGAUGGAGAAUCUUUUAAUGGGUCUCCUACAGGAAGCAUAAAUUUGUCUUUAGAUGACCUUUCAAAUGUUUCUUCUGAUGACUCAGUACAACUUCAUGCCUACAUUUCAGACACUGGCGUUUGUAAUGAUCAUGGCAAGACAUAUGCAUUAUAUGCCAUCACUGUACACCGGCGCAACCUAAACAGUGAGGAGAUGUGGAAAACGUAUCGUCGUUAUAGUGACUUCCAUGACUUCCACAUGAGAAUCACGGAACAGUUUGAAAGUCUCUCAAGCAUAUUGAAACUUCCUGGAAAAAAGACUUUUAAUAAUAUGGAUAGAGAUUUUUUAGAAAAGAGAAAAAAGGAUCUAAAUGCAUAUUUGCAGUUACUGUUAGCUCCUGAAAUGAUGAAGGCAUCCCCAGCUUUAGCUCACUAUGUGUAUGAUUUCCUUGAGAACAAAGCCUACAGUAAAGGAAAAGGGGAUUUUGCUCGCAAGAUGGACACUUUUGUAAAUCCGCUUCGCAAUUCUAUGAGGAAUGUUUCAAAUGCAGUUAAAUCCCUUCCUGAUAGCUUGGCAGAGGGAAUGACUAAAAUGUCAGACAACAUGGGCAAAAUGUCAGAAAGAUUAGGUCAAGACAUAAAGCAAUCAUUUUUUAAGGUGCCUCCUUUAAUUCCUAAGACUGAUUCAGACCCUGAACAUCGCCGAGUUUCGGCUCAACUUGACGAUAAUGUGGAUGACAAUAUUCCACUUAGGGUAAUGCUGCUUCUCAUGGAUGAAGUAUUCGACUUAAAAGAAAGAAAUCAGUGGUUGCGAAGGAAUAUCAAAAACCUACUUCAGCAGCUUAUUAGAGCUACAUAUGGUGAUACUAUUAAUAGAAAAAUAGUUGACCAUGUUGACUGGAUGACUUCACCUGAACAAGUAGCCGACUCAGUGAAACGUUUCAGAGAUGCAUUUUGGCCAAAUGGCAUUUUAGCAGAGACUGUUCCAUGCAGAGAUAAAAGUAUUCGAAUGAGAACAAGAGUAGCAGGAAAAACGAAAUUACUUGCAAUUAUGCCAGAUGAGCUGAAGCACAUUAUUGGGGCUGAGACAACACGGAAAGGUAUUCUUCGUGUUUUUGAAAUGUUUCAGCACAACCAAUUAAAUAGGAGAAUGGUUUAUGUCUUCUUGGAAGGCUUUUUAGAAACCUUAUUUCCACAGUAUAAAUUCCGUGAACUUUUCAACAAACUGCAUUCACGGUCAAAGCAGAUGCAGAAAUAUAAACAGAAACUUCAAACUACUCAAGCGCCUUCUUUGCAGAAAAGGUGACACUCCACUUUAUGAAGCUGGUGUUCAUUUUGUCCAGGACUAACGGUAUGGACAGAUCUUCUGGGGCUUAACUCGAAUACUGUUGUGUCUGCACCAGUCUUUUAGUGUCUCAAAAUAGAUUAUUAAUACAUCCAUAAGUCUGUGGUUCUUUUCAUUCUCAUCUAUAAUCCACCACUACCAAGAGAGAUUUCUGUGUCUUAAAUGAUUUGGUGCAUAUUUUGCAACAUUGAGAGAAAACUGCCCCCAUCUCAAGCAAGAAUGGCAUUGAUUUCUUCCAUUUCAAACUAAUCAGCAUUCUCCAGCAGUGACAAGUGCCAGAGUGUAUAUAUGAAAGCUAAGGAAAGCACAAAACAAUGGUUCAGAGAUAAAUUGGCUAAUUUGUUUAACAGUUGGAGACUGUGCAAUGUACGAUUUGGAGGAAUUUGUUUGGCAUAAUGAUUUUGUAGGUCUGUGUCAGCAUUUUGAUAUAUUGUGGAUUAGCCAGGUGAAUGAUCCUUGAAACAUCUCUUUCAGGUCUGGGGAAAGAGAUGGAAUGCCCUUAAAGUGUGAAAUAACCUUAUACCUGAAUUACAGUUUUGUGAUAUAAAAUAAAGCUGAGUAUAAAAUAAAACCAAUCAAACACAGAAUUUGAUUGGAUUUGUUAUUCAUUGGUAUACAACAAUUUUUAUUCUUAUGUGUGCUUUAAGGGCUGUGUUUUGCUCUUAUGGUACUCAAUUUUAUGUUUCCUUUUGGCAUUCUUUGUGCAAAAAGAAGCAUGUGGUGGCUCUCAUUUAAAUUUCAAAAUUAUUAGUUUUAUCUUUAAAAGAUUACUGAUUAUACAGAAGAUAUAAUUUAUUGGAAGAACUGCCAAAUACAUUUUGUCCUUCUAAAAAUAUGGAAAUUUAAAAAGUAGUCUGGAAAGUUACCAUAUGAUAAUUUUUAAUUGUGUGAUCUAGACAUGCCUUAGGUAACUGCAGAAAUAGCAAAUUAAAUGAUUAAUGAGCUUAUUAGUCAUAGUAAACAUAUAAAUUCCUAAUUCUAUGACAGUGUACAUAUAUGAAAAUAAAUGAUGAAAAAAGAACUAUAAUAUUUUUAAAAAUAUGCUUUUAUUUAUAUUUCACAUAAUGUAAAAUUCUACAAAAUAAAGCUAGUAGGCAGAACCCCACAGUGUAUACCUUUAAACCCAUAAAUUAAUUUUAUAUCAAUAAAAUAAAAUACUUUCUCUAGUUUUGGAGCUUCUGUAUUUCCUGUAGUUUUCUCACUGUCCAUUUUAUCCAUCUUAGAAGUCUUCAUAUCCCUUCUAUGCAGGAUUUCUGCAUAGUUUUAAAUACUUUCAUUGUCUAAGGGUUUGGGUGUGUCAGCUUUUUUUGUUUCAAAAAUAUUUAACACUAAAACCUUAAAAUAGUGAAGCUACUUAUCAGACCACUGAGCCAAGAUCCUGGUAUUAAAAGAAAGUCUGGGUGCUUAAGAUAAAGGGACAGAGUAUUGGUAUCCCAGUUAUUUGGGAGCUUUAAGAUUGGAACAAGAUAUCACUGUCUUGUUUUCACUUAGAUCCUACUUACAAAGUGAGGCUUAUUAACAGAAUAAAGCCUUCCUUUAAAGCUUUAUAAUAAUCAUAUUUAUUAAUAAUGCUGUUGUGCAUACUUAUAGUAUGCAUAUAGCAUAUGUUGCAUGUCUUCAGAAUUACAUAAAAUGAAAUCCCUUUCAUUGCAACUUGCAAGUGAGAAAAGAUCCUUAGUGGCUCUGGUGGAAGAAAUAGUAUUUCUUCUUCUCAGGGUGUCUCCCUGCCUUGGCCCCUCCCUGAGCCCCAGGCUUUAAAAGUGAAGAUGUUUGAAACAUGAAACAUGUCUGUAGGAAGCAUCAGCAUGGCCAUAAGUGCAAUGAUUUUCAUAUAUGCCUCUGCCCAUUUCAAGUAUAUUUUUGACAUGAAUAAAUCUAACAGUAUACAGAAUAAUUCAUGUAAGACCCUAGCGUGUACAUGUGAAAAAGCAUUUCUGUAUAAUGUGAGGAGCACUGGCCAUCAAUCAGGGAAAGAAAGGUCAUGUAAUACCGCAAAUUUUCAAAAUAGAGCCCUGCAAGAUAACUGCAAUCAUACCAAAAACUAUUUGAGUAAAUGGAUUUUUAAAGUAAUUUUUGUUUAAAAGAGUUUAUAUUUCAGAAGCAGAAAAUGUCAAAUGAUAGUCUUUGUAAAUAGUGGUGCAUCUUCUUUAUGCACAUCUGUCUUUUACGUAAGAAAGAGCUGUGGUCAUGCUAAAAUUAGAGAUAACUUUUUGAAUGACUUGGUCAAGCUGUGUGUAAAAUAUUUAACCAUAAGUCAAGUACAGUGUACUAUGUUUAAUAAAGUUACAUUUAAUGCAUUUAUUGCAUAUAUGAAUAUAUCCAUGAAGAGGCUUUAUGUCUUCUGGUAUUUGAUUUUGAAUGUUUUUUAAGUCAGUGGUGCCUUUAGGCAAGAACUUUCCAAAUUAAUCAUUCUUUGUGUUUUCUGAUUUUUCAGGUAACAUGUAAACUAUUUACAAACCAUCAUAGUUUAUUCACCUUAAAAAAUUGAUUGUAUUAUUUAAAUGUAUCACUUAGAUGGGCAUUUCCUAUAAUUAGGAUAUUCCAAAUAGUUGCUGAAAUCAAUUGUGCCAUUGACCAAUGGAUGCACUUGGUUAGCCUUAAUUUUUGUAAAAAAAAAAAAAAAAAAACAUUAAAAACUUUCUUGAAUAUUUCAGUUUGUUCAUUUUAAGUUUGUGCUGCUGGUAUUUGGGAAAAAAAAUCAAACAGUUAAGUGCUACCAGAAAGUGUACCAAUUUUUAUAAAAAUUAAGAAUAAUAUAAAUUUCACAAUCUAAAAUUUUAAUUCUGUGCAAUAUUUUCAUUUAAUGCAUGUGUAUUUGAGUAAUUGUAAGAUAAAUGAAUUUUUAAUUUUUUGAGAUGUAGCUUAAACUGUCUUCUUAAUCCAACAACUUACAUUCCGUUGUUGCUGCAUCCUUUUAUUUAAGGACUUGUUUUAAAAGUCUUUUUGUCACUCCUUGGAAAAUUCUUUUAUUAGUAGUAAAUUUUGCUUAUAGGAGCAUGGCUCCUGUAUUACAAGGGGAAAAAUAUAAAGAGCACAUUUUAGGAUUAUAACUGUUAAAAGAUAAUGUGUGCAUAUCAUUGUACAGUAAGUGUCAACUGUGUGCCUAACUGUUCUAUCAAUACUUUCUUUAACAAAGAAUAAACAACAAUCAGAA